AUGAAAUUCCGCUUCUGCGGCGACCAAGAGCCUCCAUCCUGGCUGCUCGCCGAGAUUCCAGUGGUCGCCCAAGCGAGCCAAGGCGCUGUGGAUCUCUGCGAGCUCACGCGGCUGCUAGCCUUCGCUGUCAUGGACAAGGGCUCGUUCGACGACGCCAUGGCGCUGCUCAUGCCCACCGUGACCAAGUUUGACAGCCAGGCGAUCAUCGUCGCGCUGAAGUGGAUCCUUUUGCAUGCGACCAAGUACAACGUAGAGGAGGUUGCGCUCGCCACGGAGCUCCAGCAGCUCGGCUUUGCCGCCGACUUGGCCAAAGCGUUUGCGUCCGUCUACAACGAACAGCACGGCGCGCUUCGGCGCCACCUCGCGGCCACCAACAUGAAGCUCGGCCGCGCGUACAGCCGAUUGGAAGCCCACGUUGACGUCGUCCUUGGCUCGCGCCACGCCAAGAACCUCAAGACGGCGCAUGUCAUCCUUACCAUGCACGCGGCCACGCCCACAACGUUCGCCGUCGACGCAACGACCUUUCGCAGCUUGCACCACGAGCUGCGCCACGCGCGCAAGCUCAUGGACGUCGGGUUCAACUGA